UAUCGAAACUUUUCCUGCUCAUAAUCAUCAUAACCAUGGGAGAGGACAAGAAAAAAGAUGCCAAAGGGGAGGAGAAAAAGGAAGAAGAAAACCCAGAAAUUGUACUCAAAGUUGAUAUGCACUGCGAAGCUUGUGCCAGAAAAGUUGCAAGAACUCUCAAGGGAUUUGAAGGGGUGGAGGAUGUUGCCACAGAUAGCAAAGCAAAUAAGGUGGUGGUGAAGGGAAAGGCGGCAAAUCCCAGCAAGGUUUAUGAAAGGCUACUAAAGAAAUACGGAAGAAAAGUAGAGUUAGUUUCGCCGUUGCCGAAGCAGCCGCCGCCGCCGGAGGAAGAGAAGAAGGAAGAAAACAAAGAACCCGAACCCAAAGAAGAGAAAAAAGAGGAGCCUCCUGCAGUGAUAACGGUGGUGUUGAAGGUUGGUAUGCACUGUGAAGCAUGCGCUCAGGUUUUGCGGAAGCGAAUCCGGAAGAUUAAAGACGUAGAGUCGGUAGAAACAGACGUGGGAAAUGACCAAGUUAUUGUAAAAGGAACCGUGGAUCCGACAAAGCUGGUCGAGUACGUAUACAAGCGAACUGGAAAGCAGGCAACCAUAGUGAAAGGUGAAGAAAAGAAGGAAGAGGAGAAAAAAGAACAAGAGACAAAGAAAGAAGAAGCUAAAGGAGGUGAAGAAGAUAAUAAAAAGAGUGACGACAUCAAACGAAGUGAGUCUUUUCCGUCGAAGUAUUACUCGGAGGAGUUGGAGUAUCCUCCACAGUUCUUCAGCGAUGAGAAUCCAAAUGCUUGCUCACUUAUGUAAUUUUUAUACAUAUUAGCCAUGCAAUUUUGCAACUGCUAUAAUGUAUUAAGACCUUCACUCAGUGUUCAUUGUGACUUCUUUUGAAAUAAGCUGUGUAAUUAUAGGUUUUGUGAACCCAUGUUAUGGACGCUUAGCUGUAAUAUUAAUUAAA